AUGAUGAUGAUGAUGAUGAUGAUGAUGAUGAUGAUGAUGAUGAUGAUGAUGAUGAUGAUGAUGAUGAUGAUGAUGAUGAUGAUGAUGAUGAUGAUGAUGAUGAUGAUGAUGAUGAUGAUGAUGAUGAUGAUGAUGAUGAUGAUGAUGAUGAUGAUGAUGAUGAUGAUGAUGAUGAUGAUGAUGAUGAUGAUGAUGAUGAUGAUGAUGAUGAUGAUGAUGAUGAUGAUGAUGAUGAUGAUGAUGAUGAUGAUGAUGAUGAUGAUGAUGAUGAUGAUGAUGAUGAUGAUGAUGAUGAUGAUGAUGAUGAUGAUGAUGAUGAUGAUGAUGAUGAUGAUGAUGAUGAUGAUGAUGAUGAUGAUGAUGAUGAUGAUGAUGAUGAUGAUGAUGAUGAUGAUGAUGAUGAUGAUGAUGAUGAUGAUGAUGAUGAUGAUGAUGAUGAUGAUGAUGAUGAUGAUGAUGAUGAUGAUGAUGAUGAUGAUGAUGAUGAUGAUGAUGAUGAUGAUGAUGAUGAUGAUGAUGAUGAUGAUGAUGAUGAUGAUGAUGAUGAUGAUGAUGAUGAUGAUGAUGAUGAUGAUGAUGAUGAUGAUGAUGAUGAUGAUGAUGAUGAUGAUGAUGAUGAUGAUGAUGAUGAUGAUGAUGAUGAUGAUGAUGAUGAUGAUGAUGAUGAUGAUGAUGAUGAUGAUGAUGAUGAUGAUGAUGAUGAUGAUGAUGAUGAUGAUGAUGAUGAUGAUGAUGAUGAUGAUGAUGAUGAUGAUGAUGAUGAUGAUGAUGAUGAUGAUGAUGAUGAUGAUGAUGAUGAUGAUGAUGAUGAUGAUGAUGAUGAUGAUGAUGAUGAUGAUGAUGAUGAUGAUGAUGAUGAUGAUGAUGAUGAUGAUGAUGAUGAUGAUGAUGAUGAAAUGA